GAACACAAAGGCGAGUGCACAAUUAGCUUCCAUAGCUAUCCCUGUGGAUUAAUUAUAUAUGCCUCUUUGUUUGAAAGCUUUUUUCUUCGCUUUGUUAUCGAAUUGAAUAGUUGAAGGUUUAGUGCCGAAACGUGUUUGACGCAAGAAAUGGCAAACAAUAAUGAUCACGUUACCGAUUUCAAUAAACAGAAGGUGGUUGAACUUACUGAAACUGCACGAAAGAACACUUGUAAUUGUUUGAGAGAUGUCUGCUUCAGGUGCAAAAAGGGGAACUGUGAGUCUUUCUGGUAGAAAUCCACACAAGUUUAAGGUAGGAAUAGCUUCUAAACUAGAAACGAAAGAGGUGUUCCAACUGAAGUCGGCUACAAACCGCAGUGAUGUUCAUGACCAGCUCGACGAGGCUUCCAUCGUUGACAGUGAUUUUUCAACUGGAAAGUUGUUUUACGAGAACACAUACAAACUUCAACCUGACAAGAAGAUGCCAACGAAGACGGUGGAAGCGGCGGUUGAAAAUGUUUUGAGAGAGCAAUUCAUGAACGAAGCAUACGAAAGUUCCAAGUGCAAGAAGAACUGCCAGGGCAUUUGUGAGUUCAUCAAAGAAAAAGUCAAGGCGCUGAUUAGUCCGCGGUUUAAACUGGUUGUCGUUGUUCUUGUAGGCGAAAAGAAAGGCCAAGGAGUGCAAAUUACGAGCAGGUGUGCAUGGAAUGAGAACUUUGACGAUUUUGUUACUGUCUCCUUCACGAAUUCGACCCUCUUUGUUCAAGCAACGGUUUACGCUUUAUACGUGGAAUAACCACGACUGAAACAGUAAUUUUAUGGGCCUAAUGUCGGGUCUGGAUGAUAUAGAAGUAUUUCGAUGCUGCCGCGGACUUUGUGAUGCAGCGGAAAGUUUCUUUCCAAUGUUAUAUAUGUGUGUAGGUAUUUGUAAUUGCAUUAUUUAUUUUUAACCAUUGCUUCAAAAAUAUUUCCUUUGAGAACACAGAGAAGAUAUAAAAUAAACACAAGCGCCAAUGGGUUCCAGUCUGCCAUACGGGAAUAUGGAUGGCUGAGACUGGAGACAAAUUCGAAGAUUAAGAUAAGAUAGCCAAAGUAAUAAAUGGCAAACUUUAAAAUUUUCAGCCACGCUUCUUCCUGAGUCAUCCGUGAUGUAGUUUCUUAAGAGACUCUGCUUAAGAAACUCUUGGUCAGCCACUUAAUUCCUCUAUGUUUUUCCCGCACGUUCAUAUAAUCGUCCUUGGGAGAGUUUGCAUUGUCAUCAGUACUUUCUCUUUCUUAGCAUAUAGCCAUAAUUAGCAUUUUGACUGUCGCAGACGUCCUGUUUUAGUCGGUAAGUGGUACAGUGAAGAGAAAAUAGAACUGAAUAUAUGUAAGUGUACUUGAUUACAUCUAAUAAAGAUUGUCCGUAAAUCUUUGAAAAGCAUUACAACGUAACCGUAUUUUCCAUCAUGAUUGUAUCUAAAUUAUCAUCAUUAAUUGAUCAUCAACUUUCAAAGAUGUCGUGAACAACACUUGAAAACGCCAGAGUGAUU